AUGCCGCAGAUUCGCCAUAACCGCGCCGGCUCUUUUCUUAAAAAAAUAAAAAUAAAAAGCGAAGCAUCAGCGGGGCGCCCCGCCUUCUCGGUCGGCGCGGGAGGGGGCCCGGAAGAGCCCGACGCUUUUUUUUCCCUCCGCGGCGGGGGCGUUGCCAUGGAGACGCGGGCGGCAGAAAACCCAGCCAUCUUCAUGUGUAAAUGUUGUAACCUUUUCUCACCAAGUCAGUCGGAACUCCUCUCCCACGUUUCCGAGAAGCACGCAGAGGAAGGGGUUAAUGCGGAUGAAAUCAUCAUUCCCCUCAGGCCUCUGAGCACCCCUGAGCCCACCAACCCAGGCAAACCCGGAGAUGAAUUUUCGGUCAUGAAGAGGAAGAGAGGCAGGCCCAAGGGGUCCACCAAGAAGCCCAGCCCCGAGGAGGAGCUGGCGGAGCGCGGUGCCCUGCCCGGCGCAGACGGCUUGCGGGCCCCCGAGGAAGGGGGCAGCCUAGAGUGUAGCAAGUGCUGCCGCAAGUUCUCCAACCCGCGCCAGCUCCGCAAGCACAUCUGCAUCAUCGUGCUGAACCUGGGCGAGGCGGAGGGGGAUGCAGGUAAUGAAUCUGACCUUGAACUGGAGAAGAAGUAUAAGGAAGAUGAUCGAGAAAAGGCCCCGAAGAGGCCGCGGACACAGAGAGCAGAGAAAAUCCAGAAGGUCUGCUCGGGAAAGGAGGCCCCGCAGAUGUCCGGGGCCAAGAAGCCCAUCAUCAGCGUGGUGUUAACGGCACACGAGGCGAUUCCAGGUGCUACCAAGAUUGUUCCAGUGGAGGCCGGGCCCCCAGAAACAGGAGCCGCAGACCCCGAGGCCACAGCAGCUGACCUGGCGCCCCGGAGGGGGUACCAGGAGUACGCCAUCCAGCAGACGGCCUACGAGCAGCCCAUGAAGUCCAGCAGGCUCGGGCCCACCCAGCUCAAGAUCUUCACCUGUGAGUACUGCAACAAGGUCUUCAAGUUCAAGCACUCGCUGCAGGCCCACCUGCGCAUCCACACCAACGAGAAGCCCUACAAGUGCUCCCAGUGCAGCUACGCCAGCGCCAUCAAGGCCAACCUCAACGUGCACCUGCGCAAGCACACGGGCGAGAAGUUCGCGUGCGACUGCUGCUCCUUCACCUGCCUGAGCAAGGGCCACCUCAAGGUGCACGUGGAGCGCGUGCACAAGAAGAUCAAGCAGCACUGCCGCUUCUGCAAGAAGAAGUACUCCGACGUCAAGAACCUCAUCAAGCACAUCCGCGACGCGCACGACCCGCAGGACAAGCCGGUGCAGGAGGCUCUGGACGAGCUGUGCCUGAUGACGAGGGAGGGCAAGCGGCAGCUGCUCUACGAUUGCCACAUCUGCGAGCGCAAGUUCAAGAACGAGCUGGACCGCGACCGCCACAUGCUGGUCCACGGCGACAAGUGGCCCUUCGCCUGCGAGCUCUGCGGCCACGGCGCCACCAAGUACCAGGCGCUGGAGCUGCACGUCCGGAAGCACCCGUUCGUGUACGUGUGCGCCCUGUGCCCCAAGAAGUUCGUCAGCUCCAUCCGCCUGCGCGCGCACAUCAAGGAGGCGCACGGGGCCGCCCAGGAGACCCUGGUCUUCACCAGCUCCAUCAACCAGAGCUUCUGCCUCCUGGAGCCCGGCGGGGACAUCCAGCAGGAGGCCCUGGGCGGCCAGCUGCAACUGGCAGAAGAGGAGUUCGUGUUCCAGGGGGUGAAUGUGCCCAAGGAGGCGGCCGGCCCCGGGGAGGCGCGGCCUGCGGUGGAGCCCGGGGUCCCCGCAGAGGUGCCCGCCCCGCCAGUGCGCUCGGCUGCGGCCCAGCCCGACGGCGCCGCCCCGGCCCCUCCACCCAGCGAGCUGGCGGCCUCUGCUGUGUCCCCGGACCUCCGUCCGCACGCGGGGCUUUCCAGUGAGUUCUUGAUGAAGAGCGAUCCCCCCACGGCUGAGGCUCCAGCUGCUGCUCCCGAGAAGACUGGCAACACCCAGCAGGGAGGCGCCACCCCGACUCAGGGCCAGGACGUGGCACCUCUGUUAUCCAAGGCCAAAGGCAUGGAAGCAAACCCCGAGACCCCGAGCGCCGAGAGCCCCCCGGCCGAGGGGCAGACAGUGGCAGCCUCCCCAUGCGACGGCCCAGAUCCCAGCAGAGGUCUCAGGUCCAACCCAGCUCAGGCCUCAGACCCUCCCCCUGGAGCUGGUGGCAGGGAGGCGGCCCCGUGCCAGCCUGCCUCUUGCGCGCCCGCCCCCGAGCACCGGGCCGGCCUCACUGCCUUCAUGAAGAUCCUGGACAGUUUGCAGAAGAGGCGGAUGAACACCGUCCUGUGUGAGAGGAUCCGGAAAGUGUACGGGGACCUGGAGUGUGAAUACUGUGGCAAACUUUUUUGGUACCAAGUGCAUUUUGACAUGCAUGUCCGCACCCACACCCGGGAACAUCUGUAUUAUUGCUCCCAGUGUCACUAUUCUUCCAUCACCAAAAACUGCCUUAAACGCCAUGUAAUUCAGAAACACAGUAACAUCUUGCUGAAGUGUCCCACUGACGGCUGUGACUACUCGACUCCAGAUAAAUAUAAGCUGCAGGCACAUCUUAAAGUCCACACUGAGCUGGACAAAAGGAGUUAUUCUUGUCCUGUGUGUGAAAAGUCUUUUUCAGAAGAUCGAUUGAUAAAGUCACAUAUCAAGACCAACCAUCCCGAGGUUUCCAUGAGCACCAUCUCCGAGGUUCUCGGGAGGAGGGUCCAGCUAAAAGGGCUCAUUGGCAAGAGAGCCAUGAAGUGCCCGUACUGUGAUUUCUAUUUCAUGAAGAACGGCUCAGACCUUCAGCGUCACAUCUGGGCUCAUGAAGGUGUAAAGCCCUUCAAGUGUUCCUUGUGUGAGUACGCAACUCGUAGCAAGAGCAACCUCAAGGCUCACAUGAAUCGUCACAGCACUGAGAAGACCCACCUGUGUGACAUGUGUGGCAAGAAGUUCAAGUCCAAAGGGACACUGAAAAGCCACAAGCUCCUUCACACCGCUGAUGGGAAGCAGUUCAAGUGCACGGUGUGUGACUACACGGCCGCCCAGAAGCCACAGCUGCUACGGCACAUGGAACAGCACGCCUCCUUCAAGCCUUUCCGCUGCGCCCACUGCCAUUACUCAUGCAACAUCUCGGGCUCCCUGAAGCGGCACUACAACCGGAAGCACCCCAACGAGGAGUACAGCAACGUGGGCACCGGGGAGCUGGCGGCCGACGCGCUCAUCCAGCAAGGUGGUUUGAAGUGUCCCGUGUGCAGCUUCGUCUACGGCACCAAAUGGGAGUUCAACAGGCACCUGAAGAACAAGCACGGCCUGAAGUUGGUGGAGAGCGAAGGGGACCCCAAGUGGGAGCCAGCAACAGAAACUCCCGAGGAGCCCUCCACCCAAUACCUGCACAUCGCAGAAGCCGAAGAGGACGUUCAGGGCACACAGGCAGCCGUGGCCGCCCUCCAGGACCUGAGAUACACCUCGGAGAGCGGUGACCGACUUGACCCCACGGCCGUCAACAUCCUCCAGCAGAUCAUCGAGCUGGGCACCGAGACCCACGAUGCCGCUGCUGUUGCCUCGGUGGUCGCCAUGGCACCGGGCACCGUGACGGUCGUGAAGCAGGUCACGGACGAGGAGCCCAGCUCCAACCACACGGUCAUGAUCCAGGAGACCCUCCAGCAGGCCUCCGUGGAGCUGGCCGAGCAGCACCAUCUGGUGGUGUCGUCCGACGACGUGGAGGGCAUCGAGACGGUCACCGUCUACACGCAGGGCGGGGAGGCCUCGGAGUUCAUCGUCUACGUGCAGGAGGCUGUGCAGCCCGUGGAGGAGCAGGCCGCGGGGCCGCCGGCCCCCGAGCUCUAG